CCGGCAUCGGGACUGAGCCUCCCGGCAUCCUCCCCCCCGCACCAGCACCGGUUCUGCGCCUGCACCGGGACUGCUCGCCCUCCUCCGGCCCUUCCCCGUCUGCCUCAGCUUGUAAAACCCACGGAUACCGGAGCGGUUGUAAGGAAAAGGCAGACACGGAGCAGAGCACAAGCACAGGGGAGCUGAUGUCCCCCUAACCCAGCGGGGACAGGGAGCAGUGACCUGGCAGGACCAGCCUAGGACCAGCCCGGGGGCUUUCUGCACCGGCGAUGCGAGCGAUGUCAGACCAGGCUGCGGCAGCAGCGGCCGCCUCGCCGACCCUGGCACCGUCCCCGGGCUCCCCUCGGCGUGGGGACACCGAUGGGACAGCGCCGCACCCCACCGGCACCAGGGAGGACGGCGGAGGCCAGGACGGCUGCGGGCUUUUCCCAUUGGAUGGGGACGUAAAGCCUCCCCCUGCAUCCCAGUCCAGCGGGAUGCUCCUGGCUGACCUCCCUCGGGCCCCGCAGCCGCGGCUCAGCCCGGCCAGGUCCCGCACGGCCCCGUCUUCCCCCAGCGUCUCCCCAUCGGAGACCCGCGCCGCGCUGCUCCGGCUGCGGGAGGCGCGGCUGGAGGACACCAGGAGGCGGCUGUCGGAGGCGGUGCAGGAGCCGCUCACCCGCCUCAGCCGCCUCAUGGCCGAGGAGAGCGGCGCCGGGCCCCGGCCGAAGCCGGCAGCCGCGGGGCAGGAUGCGGGGGGCCGCCGGGGACAGCGGCUGCGGGACUGGAGCCCCUGGGAGCCCGCCCGGAACUGCCGCUACGAGAUCUGCUCCUACGGGGACGUGAUCCAGGUGCUGGAGGUGGCGCCGCGGGACCCGGAGCCCCCGCUGCCGCCCCCCGAGGAGCCGCCGCCGCCGCGGCCCGGGAGCGCGGUGCCGGGCAGAGCCCUCGCCUCCAUCGCGCUCCUCGCCUACGGCUACUUCGUGCUGCCGCUGCCGCCCUACGCCGCCGGCCUCUGCCUGGGGCUCGUCUGCGGGCUGGUGCUCGGCUUCCUCGCCGUCCUCCUCCUCGUUCCCAGGGCUCCGCCGGGGACACGGGGCUGCCUGCGCCCCAGGCUGCUGCCGGGGGAGCCGCGGGAAGCGCAGCGGCUGCAGGGCUGGAUGAACCAACUGCACGUCUACGACCCGGAGCUUUUCCACCCCUCGCUCACGCACUCGGUGCUCGCAGCGCUGGAAGGAGCCACCCUCAAGCUCUCCUACCCCAAGAGCAACAUCCCGCGCAGAGCCACCUUCGAGGAGGAGAUCCUGGAUGCUGUGUUCAUCAGCCACCGCUCCUAUGACCUGACCGACGCCAAGGUCUUCCUCUGCCCCCCCAGCCUGGCGCGCAAGCGGACGUGGAACAAGAAAUACCCCAUCUGUGUCCUCCUCGCCGAGGCGGCCGACGGGGAGUGCAGGAGCAGCGAGGAGCAGGAUGAGGAGCAGCAGAGGGAUGAGGGGACAAAGAAGGCGCCGGUGCCAGGGCAGGACAUCCCAGGGGACAGCAGGGAGCGGUGCCUGUACCUGUUCGGGCGGACAGGGAGGGAGAAGGAGGAGUGGUACCAGCACCUGGUGCGAGCCUCCCGCGGGACACCCAGCAGCAGCCAUGGGGAAGGCACGGGCCCAGCACCACAGAGCAGCGGUAGCAGCAGCGGGGGGAGCUCUGAGGACAUCCCCUCCGCUCUCCCACCCAAGGAGCUGGAGGGGAGCAUCCAGCAGGAGAUCUUCCUGGAUUACAGCACCUACAUGGCCCGAUUCGUGCCAGCGCAGGCCGGGGGCAGCCCGGAGCAGAGCCCCUCUCAUGGAGCACUGAGCAGCCCCACAAAGCUCGGUGAGGACGCAGUGGGGCACAGUGAGCCCUGCAUGGCCUGGAUGAACGCGCUGGUGGGACGCAUCUUCUGGGACUUCCUCCGGGAGCGGUACUGGGCUGAGCAAGUGUCCAACAAGAUCCAGAAGAAGCUGAGCAAGAUCAAGCUCCCCUACUUCAUGAACGAGCUGACACUGACAGAGCUGGACAUGGGCACAUCCAUCCCCUCGGUCCUCAGCGCCUCCAGCCCCACCAUGAAUGACCGAGGGCUCUGGGUGGACAUGGAGGUCACCUACAGCGGCUCAUUGCAGAUGACCCUGGAGACGAAGAUGAACCUCUGCAAGCUGGGGAAGGAGAGCGCUGCAGAGGAGAGCGGCCCAGCAGAGGCAGGAGGAGAGGGGGCCAGGCCGCGGCUGAUCCUGCUGGCAGACAGCGAUGCGGAGUCAUCCAGCGCCGGCUCCUCCGAUGAGGAAGAUGUUGCUGCUGCAGAGCCCAUGGGAGCCCUGGGGGAGCGGGUACCACUGCCUGGCACCGAGGGCCACGUCAGCGGCAACAGCACGAGCCGGAAGAUCCUGCGCUUCGUGGACAAGAUCGCCAAGUCCAAGUACUUCCAAAGGGCCACUGAAAACGAGUUCAUCAAGAAGAAGAUCGAGGAGGUUUCCAACACCCCGCUGCUGCUGACAGUGGAGGUGCAGGAGCUGGUGGGAACCUUGGCUGUCAACAUCCCACCGCCACCGACGGACCGUGUCUGGUACAGCUUCCGAGUGCCGCCGCAGCUGGAGCUGAAGGUGCGCCCGAAGCUGGGCGAGCGGGAGGUGACAUUCCUCCAUGUCACCGAGUGGAUCGAGAGGAAGCUGCAGCACGAGUUCCAGAAAAUCUUGGUGAUGCCAAACAUGGACGAUCUCAUCAUUCCCAUCAUGAGCUCUGGCCUGGAUCCUCAGCCACCCAUGGGGGCACUGCCCAGGGACCCACGGGCAGGGCAGAGCCAUUGCACAGAGCCCAGGGACCUCACUGGGACACGGGGCCAACCAGGACCUGGGCACUGAGUGCAGCCGGAGCCGUGGGGUCUGAGCUUCCCGGUUCAUCGCAUCCGCAGCACUUGUGUAGAUGAGGCUCCUCCUUACACUGCAAGCACACGUUCAGAGCAGAACCAGACACGGGGCAAGGGGUUUGCUGGAGGCACAAGAACUUCGUGCACUCCCUACCAGCUUCUCCCAGCUCUGGAGCAGCGGAGGGCUGAGCUUUCCACUGUCUGGUUCCCAAAGAGGGUGCAGGACGCCCAGAGCGGUUCUGCACUGAAGGAGUUGGGAUCAGCGCUGAUCCAAGGCAUCACAGCUCCACAGCACAUCCCACCCUCCCCGCCGGCAGCUGGACUGCAAGGAAAACAGGGGUGAGAAACGAGUCCAAAGCUGAAUAAAUCCAUCCCUGCCCAGUC